GCUGUUUCCUGUCUACAGUGUCUGUGUAAUGUAGAUAAAUGUGAGGAUUUUCUCUAAAUCCCUCUUCUGUUUGCUAAAUCUCACUGUCACUGCUAAAAUCAGAGCAGAUAGAGCCUGCGCAAUGGAAUAAAGUCCUCAAUAUUGAAAUGUGACAUUGCUCUCAACAUCUCACAUCUCUCUGGAUUUCUUUUUUCUCAUCAUUACUGCUAACAAAUUCAUUUCCAGACUUUGCACUUUUAAGAAGCAAUGGAAAAAAUCAACAGUCUUUCAACACAAUUAGUUAAGUGCUGCUUGUGUGAUUUCUUGAAGGUGAAGAUGCACACUGUGUCCUACACCCAUUUCUUCUACCUUGGGCUGUGUUUGCUUACCUUAACCAGUUCUGUUGCUGCUGGCCCAGAAACACUCUGUGGUGCUGAGCUGGUUGAUGCUCUUCAGUUCGUGUGUGGAGACAGAGGCUUUUACUUCAGUAAGCCUACAGGGUAUGGAUCCAGCAGUAGACGCUUACACCACAAGGGAAUAGUGGAUGAAUGCUGCUUCCAGAGUUGUGACCUGAGGAGGCUGGAGAUGUAUUGUGCUCCAAUAAAGCCACCUAAAUCUGCACGGUCUGUACGUGCUCAGCGCCACACUGAUAUGCCAAAAGCACAAAAGGAAGUGCAUUUGAAGAAUACAAGUAGAGGGAACACAGGAAACAGAAACUACAGAAUGUAAGAACAUGCCAUCCACAAGAAUGAAGAAUGAAUGUGCCAUCUGCAGGAUACUUUGCUGUAAAUAAAUUAUUUGUUAAACAUUGGAAGACUUAAAAAAACCUUUGUUUUAAAAAGCUUGAUGCAAUCUCAACCAAUGGGCAUUCUCCCAGUGAACAAUGCAACUAAACAUUCCAAUAUUAAGUCUUUAGAGAACAGAACAUUUUAACCAGCCCAGAGCUAAAAUUUCUGUGGUUGAUAUAUUACUGUUUGUUAACCUUUUUUAAAUGUCCUGCACAAAAACUCUUAAAGUCCUGUGCCCCUCAAAUGCCUACAAAUUUAUGGGCCUUUGACGGAUCCAAUUGCACUAAAUUAACCUAUGAA